CACUAGCAGCUCCCGGCUCGACUCCGAAGAUGGCGGACCGCGGCGUCGGCGCGGGCGGCAGUACAUCCCUGAGGGGAAUGCGGGAACAGAUGGUUGCUGCAGCUCAUGCAAUUGCUGAAGAAAGAAGAAAUCAAAGUGGAGUUAGUCUGAUUGUGUCCCAGUCUUCAAAUCUGAGACCAGCAUGUAAACCAGUAAUAGAUGGAUCUGUGCUUAAAAAUGAUGAAAAGCAAAGAUUAGCAAAGGAGCGCAGGGAAGAGAAGAGGAGACAGCAAGAUGCCAAUAAAGAAAUGCAGCUACUUGAAAAAGCAAGAAAGGCCAAGAUCCAAUAUGAAAAACAGAUGGAAGAAAAACAGCGAAAGCUGAGAGAGCAAAAAGAAAAAGAUGAGCAGCGGAGAAUAUCCGCAGAAGAAAAAAGAAAACAGAAGUUAGAGGAAGAAAGGGAAAGAUACAAAGCUGUUCUUUAUCGUACUUUGGAACGGAGCACCCGUGCUGAACUUCAGCAAAAACGAUGGUCAUGGGAAGGCUCUGUACUGGCGAAUUCUGAGAGCAGAUCUGCCAAUAAGAGAUCUGCAUCUGCUGAAAAACUCGAACAGGGGACUUCUGUUUCCAAUAAACAAACAGUUGUGUCACCUGCAGUUCUUCAAAAUUCUGUUACCAAAAGAAAACCGGAAAAGGAGAGAAGCUCAUCUUUAAGUAGAAGAGAUAGCAAACUACAUUCAUCUACUGAUACAGAACAAGGGGAAGAAAAGCCAGGUGCUCAUCGCUCGUAUGUCAGUUCUCAAGAGAAUAAUUUAAUCAACCGCCUGCUCAUCCCAACAAAAGCAUCAUUAGCCAGAAGCAAAAGUGCUGCUUCAUUAUCCAUCCCUGGAAAAAAUAUUCCAGCCAUCAACAAUCACAUAGUCCAGCAUACAAAUGUGCCCUCUCAGAGCUAUAGUAAUGAUGAAUUGAAGACUACUAUCAUGUUUCCUAAGUCAACCGUGAAAAUGCCUCCUCAAAUAAAAUUAGAAAUCGUUCCCCAGGAGAAAGUAGAGACACCCCUCAAGGCAAGUGUGGAAGUACCCCUCAAGGUGAAUGUGGAAGCAUUCCCCAGGGCAGGCAUGGAAGCACCCACCAAGGAAAGCAUGGAAACAUCCCCUAAGGCCAAAGUGGAAGCAACCCCGGAGGCAAGUGUGACAGCAGCCCCCGAGGCGGGUGUGGAGGCACUCCCUGAGGUGGGCGUGGAAGUGCCCCUUGAAACGAGCAUGGAAGUAUACCCUGAGGCAAGAGUGGAAGUGAGCCCCAAGGCGAGCAUGCCCUCCUCCCCCGAGAUGAGCGAGGACUCAUCCCCCUUGGUGAGCGUGAAUGUGUCCCCAGUGGUGAGUACAGAUGACUCCCUCGACGUGAGCGAGGACACAUCCCCUGAGGUGAGCCUGGAAGUGCCCCCAGAGGAGAGUGCAGAAGCAUCCCCUGUGGUGAUGAUAGAAGUGAACCCCAAGGUGAUGGUAGAAGUGAACCCUGAGGUGAUGGUGGAAGCGCCUCCUGAGGCAAGCGUGGCAGCGCCUCCUGAGGCAAGCGUGGCAGCGCCCCCCAAGGCAUCCCCUGCGAUUAGCAUGGAAGUGUCUCCCAAGGCGAAGAAAUCAGAAAUGGACAAACAGACCUCAAACUCUAUUACCAAGAAGUGCCCAUCUUCGUACAUACCAUGUUAUAAAUGGUCAUCGUCUCCUGCAAGCGGGUGUCGUCCACCUUCUCCUAUUAGUACUAACAGGCAAAUCCAAAAGAACCGACCCCCGUCACCUUCAUCCGUUGUUUCAAAACAAUCAUCACAGCCUUCUCUUUCUAAUAAAAUAAUACAUGUUCAGCGUACCCCAGUUGUGCAAAAUACAUUGGGUACCAUCAAAAAAAAGAGAGAAGCAGUUUCUAAAACCACUAACAAAUGUGAACCUUCGAGCCAAAGACAUAUGAUCUAUGAAGAGUCUGGUAAUAAAAAUACAGCAGGGACCAUGAAUGCCGAGGAGGCAACAAAAAUUUUGGCAGAAAGACGCCGCCUCGUUCGAGAACAAAGAGAAAAAGAGGAAGAAGAAAGACUCCGGCAAGAAAUGGAGCCAAGUGUCAUUAGGGAAAUGAAAGAUGUAGCAGAGAAAGCAGUUGAAGGCCAAGCAGAAGAGUUCUCAAAACUCGAAGAUGAGCAACGACAAAAGGAUAUUAAAGAGAAGAAAGGAUCUCAGGAUCAAGAAGACCAAGAAGGACUACUACAGAAAGGAGACACCAAAGUAAAGGCUCAAGAGGAAGCCGACAAACGCAAGAAGGAAUACGAGAGAAUUAUGUUACAAAAUUUACAAGAAAGAUUAGAAAGAAAAAAGAGAAUUGAGGAAAUUAUGAAGCGGACGAGAAAGACAGAUGUGAAUGCCUCAAAGGCUGCACAAACAUCUGGCAAUGACACAUACGAGGCGGAUGAAGCUGAUGAUGAGGAUGAGUCUGAAAGUGAUGAGGACUCUCUUGAUGAAAUGUUUCCAUCAGCCAUGCAAAAUGGCGGAGAUUCACCUACCAAAUUCAAAGCCAAGACAAUGUCACACAAGCUGGUGUUUCUAGAAGCCACUACUGGCCAGGUUCGUAAAGAGCCAAAAACAUACUUUAAUGGUGAUUUGAAAUUCUUCAAACAAAAAAGCAUGAAAGACCCUUUGACACAGAUGAAAGGUUCAAGAUCAUCCACCAAAAGAACCAGACGCACAACAAAAACUGGAAAAGUAAACGGAUCCAACAAUGCCAUAAGAUCUUCCUUGAGUUUGAAUUCAAAUCAGGAGUGGAUCUGUGACAAGACGACGGACAUCAGAAGUCACCCAGAAACAUCUGUAUUACAUAUCUCUCCUGACGGCCACGAAUACAAUUUGAAGGAUUCCAUGACAUUUUACCAAAGUCCCCGGACACCUUUACGUGACAAGAGAAGAAGCAAACCUGUUUCUACUGAUUCGGAUAUGUAACCUUUCUGAAGCCUAGAAGAUUAAUACACCUUCCACUCUGGAUAGCUUAACCCCCAGGUCCAUCUUCCAAAAUUUUCCUGCUUCCAACUUGAACCUGGCAAAAGAAAUGACUAUCAAAAAAAAGGAAAACAUCAAAAGAUCACCUUGACAUAUGUCUCAUAAGAUAUUCAUAUAUCUUUUUU